AUGGCGAGAAAAGGUGACACCAUACGAAGCAUCAAUGUAUCCGUUGUGGGAUUAUCCGGAGUGGAGAAGGACAAAGGACAUGCAGGCGUCGGUAAAUCCUGUUUCUGCAACCGUUUCAUGCGACCCCACGCCGAGGACUACAACGUCGACCACAUUUCCGUACUAAGUCAGACCGACUUCAGUGGGAGAGUCGUCAACAAUGACCACUUUCUGUAUUGGGGCGAGGUAAUUAAGACGUCAGAGGAAGGAGUCGAUUAUCAGUUCAGCGUAAUCGAACAGACUGAGUUCAUCGACGAUUCUUCAUUUCAACCCUUCAAAGGAGGUAAGAUGGAGCCGUACGUCAAACGUUGCGCCUCCACUAAAAUAACUUCAGCUGAAAAGCUAAUGUAUAUUUGUAAGAAUCAGUUAGGUAUAGAGAAAGAAUACGAGCAGAGAAUUCUGCCCGAUGGUAAAUUGAAUAUCGAUGGUUUUGUAUGUGUUUUCGAUGUAAGCAUUGUGCCAAGUAGGAGUAUUGAGAAGCAGGUCGAAUUCGCAGCUGCUAUUCUAAAUAACUUGUUAAAAACUAAAAAACCAAUAGUAUUUGUAACAACUAAAAAUGACGAUGCCAAUGAUAUGUACAUUAGAGAAGCUCAUAAGUUAAUAUCUAGAAGCGAAUAUAAAAAUAGUAUACCUGUAGUGGAAACUUCGGCACACGAUAGUGUCAAUAUUGACGUUUGUUUCAUGUUGCUCGCCCAGAUAAUCGAUAAAACUAAAGUUAGGUCUAAAAUACCAUCUUACAGCGAAGCUUCUUUAUCCAAAAAGGAGCUUAUGGAUGCUGCCAGUGAAGCUUUCAUGAGACUUAUCAGAGUACAUGUUACUGAUUGUCACGCAAUGUGGUCCCAGACAGUUAAGAAAUUAAAUUCACACAAGGAAUGGAUACAUUUCGUGCAGUUAUUCGGAUUGGAUGGUACACAAAGACUGUUUCGAAGACAUAUUAAAAAAUUAAAAGACGAGCAGCUUGCUAAGCAAAUAGCGCACUAUAUGGAAAUGUUGCCGGAUGUUCUACACGAACUAAUUACAGGAUUUAACACUCUGUCCGACAUGGAUUGGCCUUCUAUACAACAGUAUCUCAAGUCUCAUCCGAACUUUUCUCAAUAUUUCUUUGAGCGUCCCGAAGAUUUACCUUGGUCAGAAUGUUUGGACGACAACGAAGAAACUAGAAUACCCUUCGAUGUAUUGGAGACAAGCGAAGCUGAAACGGUGUUUAAGAAUUACGUCAAUGUUUUGCAACAGGAGCAGAAACGUUUGGAGUGGAAGAAACAGUUCAAACAGUUACUUGAAGAUACCGGUUACGUAACUCCGGGUAAGAAUCUGUCCGAAGUACGAGUAUUGUUUAUGGGUAGAGAAUGUUUUGAGGCUCUAUCUGAACAUGACUGCCAGAAAAUAUAUGAUACACAUCAAAGAGAAAUCAUCGAGAAUGCUAAACAUAAUUUUCAAGAACUGUUACUGGAACAUGCAGAUCUGUUUUAUCACUUUAAAAGUAUCGCGCCUACAGGAACUAUUACUCAAGACGAUAUUAAAGAAAUCACCGAUGUUUUACAAGAAGAUUUUAGAUAUAAGAUAUUAGACAGGCUCGACCAAGACAGAAAACUCACUCUUUUCCAACAUUUAGGCUUUAUACAUUUCCCUAUUAGAGAACACUGUCCAGCUUUUCCUAAUUGUCAAGAUGCCCUUAUAGAACGUAUUCUAGCGACCAAAACCCACCGACCAACCUCUUGGAACAAUAGCAAUCAGUGGUUGAUUAGUUCUGAGAACAAUCAACUUAACCUCCUCAUUCUAGGACUGAAUAAUUUGGCCGAUAAUUUAGCUAGUAAGAUUAGGAAACAAUGUGAUGACGAUGAAUACGAAAUAGAUUGCCAAUUUUAUAAUUUAGACUAUCGAGUUAUAAAUGGGGAUGUUAGUUUGCCUCACAAUUCCUUUAGGACUUCGGAUUUUAUACCUCACGGUAGUUUUUGUGUAUAUAACAACGCGCAGUCUUUUGAAUAUAUACGAGAAAGUUUGGAGAAGAAGUUACUUUCUAAUUUAGAACAGGACGAUAAAUUACCUUUCCAAGGCUUACCGAUCGUCUUGAUGUUCUUGCAAGAUUCUUCCAUUGACGAAAAGGAAGUGUUGAGGCUAAGAGAAGACGGUCAAAAUCUUGCCGACAAUUUACAAUGUCCCUUUAUGGAUAUUUGUUUAGAGCAAACCACAGAAGAACAACUUGUUCACGAUUCUCUUCAUCAGCUAAUGCAGAGCAUUCACCAUCGCGCAGGCUUCUUAAAUAUCAAUCAAUCUGUCAUUGAAUGCGUUGAGCCUGAUAUUAGAAUUAUUAUGUGCAUGUUCUGUGGCGAUCCGUACUCUAUAGAAAACAUUCUAGGUCCUCUUUUAUCACAUCAAGUAUGUUUCUUGUCGUCGUCACACAGUAUCAUAUUGGAGACAUUUUUGGGCGAUUCCAAGAGAAAAGUAGAAGUAAUAAUAUCAUCUUUUCACGGUGCUAAUGCUUUUAGAGAUGAACUGGUUCAUGGCUUUAUUUUAGUUUACUCCACCAAGAGAAAAGCUUCGUUAGCGACACUAAAUGCUUUCUCUAUGAACAUUCCCAAUUUGCCCAUUCAGAUAUUAGCGGUUACUGAUGAUGGAGGAGCAACGGCGUUUUUUAACGACGAUUUGAGCCAGUUACUCAUCACAGAAGGCAAUUCUACAGCAGAUAGGUUGCAUGCACAUUUUAUGACGUCCUCUAGUUCGAUGCAGCAUAAAACGGCCUUUUUUACGCCAUUUUUUAAAGAAGUUUGGGAAAAGAAACCGGAAAUUGAACAAGCUUUCCACAUGGAAGAGCCGUCUGGAUUAGACAGCGGCGAGGGUACUUUAGAAAGAUCGAAAAGUCAAAGACAUGGACAUCCUUUGCCUCCUCCAAGGCACGAGAGUUACUAUUUAAAAUUGAACGAUGGCAGCGAAAGCGAAAACUUUGAACUCAGUGGCCCAGACGAGAGACUUAGUUCCAGUGAUCAUAGUGAUAAAUUCUCAAGUGUUUAUAUGUACGGAAGCGAAGGUAGCGAGAAAAAGAGAAGUAUGCAUUCCGGUUUCCACGUGUAUCCACCACCUGCGACACCACCAGAGCCCGCGCCUCCAGACAAUAUACUCAACGUAAGACAUUCCAAGAAACCAUUACUGUCCACAUCUCAAACUAGUUUAGAAGAGGCUCCCUACGGAGAUCAUCCAAUGUCUAUUCCCGGAAGCGCUUGGAAUAGUUAUCAGCAGCACGCAUUUACUACGGGUCGUAGACACAUUCCAGUAUCUAAAUCUCGUUCAAAAGGUAUUUCACAGACUUUAAAACAGCCGGGUAAACUGAAUAUGAAAAAUUAUUCCGCUGUGACGGAAGCCAUAGCUAGAAUGAACGUGUCUGAUAUGUCUUCACCCAAUUUCGGUAACGCCCCUCUCGCCACUCCGGAAGCUGUGGACUUAGGUUGUGAAUAUGCUCAAGUUAAGGAUCUUGUUCAUAACAUAUAUCCGGGCCAGAGCCCUGAAUAUAUGUACACCAUGGUACAAGACGCCAUUAAUACCAAAUCAAAGUUGAGACAAAGAAGAGAGAAAGGCCAACCAUCUUACUCUGACACAGAUAGCGAAUGGAGUAGUUUAGAAAGAAGGCAGCGCGCCAGUGAAAUCUACUCGAAGGUUAGUAGAAAAGGUGGCACCCAUAAAAGACAACGAAAGAAAAGAACCGCCAUACCGGUACAACCCCCACGAGUACCACAACUCGGUUCGUUCACGCUUCCAUCCGUACAUACCCCGGUGUCAGACGUCGAUAACGAGAAAGUUGCCUUGGCUACCGAUUCCAAUUCAGAGUCAACGGACGGCAGCGAGCCCGAGCAGUUUCCUCCGCCAACUAGCUCUGACAUUCGUAUGAGAUUCUCUCAAAAGCGGUCUCUUAGUUUAAAGAAAAGAAUGCCAGAAGCUGCCAAUACUCAUCACUUUAAUAUUCAGCUGAAUUCGAUGGAUAUGUAUCAAAGUCAAGGUUUACUACACGAUGAUGAAUCUAGUUUAGACGUUUCUUCUCCUAGAGAUAACAAUUCCCCGAUGUUCGGAGUGUUGCCUAAGAUGAAAGAGUCCGACUUGGAGAAGAUACUUCGUAAACGAGAAAAGCAAAAAGCGAAAGAUGAUUCCAAGCUGGAAAAACGUAGAUUGAAAGAAGAAAAGUUACGAAAAGUCGCCGAAGAAAGAGACAAGAAAAAACAAAAAUCCAAGCAGAAACCGGCACCAUCCAAACUAGCCGAUUUUAUUCAAUCUGAUAAAAAUUACGUUCCCAGUUUUAUGGAAAAGUGCGUGAGAUUUAUCGAAAGUGAAGGUUUAGAUUCGGAGGGAAUAUAUCGAGUUCCUGGCAAUAGAGCUCAUGUAGAUUUACUCUUUACCAAAUUCGAAGAAGAUACCAACGUCGAUAUUCGUGAUCUAGACAUUCCUGUUAACGCUGUAGCCACAGCACUAAAAGACUUCGUAAGCAAAAGACUCCCACCGCUGUUCGAACCCGAGGUUAUGACUGAAAUGGAAGAAAUUGCGGGAACUCGAUUAAAACCGAUGGUAACAACUUGCGGUAAUCUAGAGGUAAAGAAUGAUCGUAGCUGCAGAUUGCUGGCUUUGAGGAGUAUGCUCGACAAAUUGCCUCCUAUAAACUUUCAGAUAUUGAAAUUCAUCUUUCAGCAUUUCGUUAGAGUGACCGAGAAUUCCAAACUGAACAGUAUGGAUAGUAAGAACCUAGCAAUAUGUUGGUGGCCUACUUUAUUACCGAUAGAAUUUAGUGACAUGGGCAGAUUUGAGCAGAUGCGACCGUACUUGGAGGACAUCGUCCAGACGAUGAUCGAUCAAUAUCCGUUUUUGUUUUGUGGAAAGGAGGCUUUUGUAAUGGUUUAAAAGCUUAUAGAUAUAAAAACCACGCACAAUUCGCUAUCAUUUAGCCUCUGUUCGGUGUUUCGCCACCCAUUGUUGUUAAAUUGAGAGGCCUUUUAUGUUAAUUUAGGAGAAGAAUG